AUGUCCACGAUCGAACGGGAUACUCUCCCAAGCGAUCCAACACCGCACCACUACAAAGUCAGUAUUGUUCCUGACUUCGAAACGUUCAAGUUCACCGGUCAUGUUGACAUAAAGAUAACCGCCGAAAAACCUCAACAGAAAAUCACUCUCAACUAUAGUGAUUUAACGUUUGUGAAAGUAAGGGUUACGCCAGGGGGGAGUGCAUCGGAAACAGAGGAACUUCCCGCGGAAUCCAUAAGCCUCGACAAAACCGGGAUGAAGGCAACGUUUUCUUUGCACAAGGCAUUUCAAGGAGAGGCAACACUCUCGAUUGAUUACACGGGAAUCAUAAAUGACAAACUGGCAGGAUUUUACAGGAGCAAAUACACUGUUAACGGAAAGGAGUCGUAUAUGGGGACAACACAGUUUGAAGCUGUUGACGCACGCCAGGCAAUCCCCUGCUGGGAUGAGCCUGCAGUGAAAGCUGUGUUUGAAAUAAUUAUAACUGCUCCUUCGCACCUAAUGGUGCUAUCCAACACUCCAUCUUACAAGAAGGAGGUGGUUGAUGAUAAGACACGUUGGUUCUUUGAGCCCACGCCCAAAAUGUCGACUUAUCUUCUCGCGUGGACGAUAGGUGUGUUCGAGUGUAUUGAGAGGCGCAUCCAGAAGGUACACAAAGGAGCAGGUGGUCAAACUGAAGAGACCAUUAUACGCGUGUUUACUCCUGAAGGUAAAAAGUCAAAAGCUUCUUUUGCUCUGGAUGUGGCUUCUAAAGUGUUGCCAUUGUAUGAAGAGUUCUUCGGAUCAAAUUACGUGCUUCCAAAAGUUGACCUUUUGGCAAUUCCUGACUUUGCCGCCGGGGCAAUGGAAAAUUGGGGGCUUAUAACAUAUCGUGAAACAGCCCUACUAUGUGAUGCCGAAUCAAGUGCGGCUCAGAGGUACUAUGUCGCUCUAGUGGUUGCCCAUGAACUGGCCCACCAGUGGUUUGGAAACCUCGUGACCAUGCAAUGGUGGAAGGAGCUCUGGCUUAACGAAUCGUUUGCCACGUACAUGGAGUACCGGGCGGUGGAUAAGUUGUUCCCAGAGUGGCGUGUCUUCACGCAGUUCGUCCACGAUGAGGUUGCUCGAGCCUUUCAACUGGAUUCGAUGCGUAGUUCCCAUCCCGUUGAAGUGGAUGUCAAAUACGCUAAGGAGAUCGACGACAUUUUUGAUGCCAUUAGUUACAGCAAGGGUGGGAGCAUCAUUCGCAUGGCAGUUAAUUUCAUCGGAGAGGAGGCAUUCCAAAAGGGAAUGUCGGAGUAUUUGAAGCACUUCGCCUAUGGUAAUGCAACAACGAAGGAUCUGUGGAAUUUUCUUGGAAAUGCUGCAGGCAAACCCUUGGCCCCUAUACUGGAGUACUGGACGGGGCGGCAAGGUUAUCCUUACCUUAUUGUUACGUCGUCACCUGACAAAAAGACUUUGAACAUAACUCAAAAGCGCUUUCUAGCUACAGGUGACGUCACCGCCGACGAGGAUGAAACAGUGUGGAAGGUACCUUUGCUUAUCUCGACUCCGGAAGACGGGGUUCAGCGUUAUAUUCUUGAGAAACGGGAAAACCCAAUACCGGUAAAGUAUAACUCGUGGAUAAAGGUAAACAGUGAGCAAUCGGCCUUCUGCCGUGUCCACUAUCAAGGCAACGGUUUGCUCGAAGGUUUGCUUCCCGCCAUUGCUUCGAAGAACCUCUCUGAUAUAGACCGAUUUUCUAUUAUUUCCGACUACCACGCCUUUGCUCGUGCCGGUUACUGCAGCACCGUCGACGUGCUCAAGAUUCUUUCUUCUUAUGUUGACGAAGACGAUUAUACUGUGUGGUGCUCCGUCGUUGGCUUUGAGAAAGAGAUACGGAUGCUGGUGUCCAGCCAGGGUCGAAGUGCUGUUGAUUCACUGAAUGCUUUCUGUCGCAACUUGUACUCGAAUGCCAUGAAACGACUCGGCUACGCGCAGAAGCCUGGCGACGAUAAUCGUUUGACUCAACUGCGCAGCGUUCUCUUCGACAGACUCGUAACAUCUGAGGAUAAGGAGGCCGUUGCCUAUGCUUGCAAGCUUUAUGCGGAACGGCAAAAGGUGCCAAUUCCUUCGGACUUGCGGUACACUGUGUACGCUACGCACGUUAAAUUAAACGGCGAGCCCGCGUUUCAGGAGGUGAAGCAACUUGCUGAGGUUACUGUGGACGCGAUGGAGCGGACUCAUUACCUUCGUGCGCUUGCAUCUUCCGAAGUUGAUGGUGUGGUGAGUCAGCUCUUUCAAUACUCUCUCUCCGAAAAAGUUCGGAGCCAGGACGUUUUGGCCAUUCUUGGCGCACUGGCCAGCAACGCUGCGAGGGUUAAAGCAUACGCCGAAGAACUGAAGCAGAUGUGGCCAAGGUUGGGGAAGGAGCUUCCCGGACUUAUACUCGGGAGGGCGCUAAAAUAUUUGGAAAAUGGUGCUGAUGCAGCGGUGGCCGAUGAAAUGGAACAGUUCUGGAGCCACCUUGCUGAUGAAGCUAAAUUCGGGAUGACCCGCAGCUUCCAACAGGGUGUGGAGGGACUCCGCAACAACGCAAAAUGGGCGGCGCGAGACGUGAAGACUGUGGUCGAGUUUCUUUCGGUUGCAGCGUUAUAG